AUGACCCGUGCGUCUGCACAGGGAUGCCGUGUGGAGCGUGUUACCCGUACUCCACGAAACCUUGUGCAGCAUCGAUUAAUGACUUGGGAAAAUGUUCCGUAUGUCCGGGGGGUGGAUGUUCCCCGUGUCCCGCUCCAGUCAGACCUUGUCCCGAACCGUGCCCAGCUCUUCCAAUAUUGCCUUCACUGCCACCGUGCCCGCCGUGUGAUAAGCCACCUAGCCCAGUCCCGGCGCCUGGCCUAUUUUGUGACAGUGUCGCUAUUCCAUGUUGCCGACCUAACCGCUGUCGGCCCUGCCCUUGCUAUUCUUGCACAGAGCCAGGAGUAUGUUGUCCAAAGCGUUGCAGUCACCCAGGAGUACCAGUUUGUUGUGGUGCCUGUGGACCAUGUAUGCCUAUAUGGAAACAUAAUAUCUGUUGACUCGAGUGUAAACCCCGGGAUAGUUCGAGGCGAUGCCGAUCAAGUCGCCGCGAUCGCCCUCGCAGAAGUCUCCGCCGCCCUCGACGACGCCGGCGCACACCAUGUUUUCCGUCCCGCUCAUACUGAUGAGAGCCCCAUCCGAGAACAGUCACGGGGAAUCGUCUGCGACGAAAUAGCCGGAGCCGGCGAGGGCGAUGCGGCCGAAGUAAACUUUACCCCCGGGAACGUCAAUUAUCCGACUACGCUUCUGCGAGGCAAUUUGGGUUACAUAAAGAUAAUCAACAGCGGCCAAAAGGACAUAACAUGGGACGCCAGUCAAAUCCUCACGCGGGCAGAGGAUUGCUCAGAGCCAGCCAUAGAUAGCCAGGAUGGCCGAUUGUAA